AUGCCUGGAGACACAGAAGAAAGUGUUGCCCGAAGCCUUCAAACGACAGAUUUUGUCUUUGACCGAAGCCAGCGCGUCUGUGGAAACCAGGAUGGUGUUGGCCUACUCCAAGAACUCCGAGGCUUGCGUAAAAGGGUUGAAGAGUCAGAAAAAGCGUUGGAGGAGACGAAUAGCAACUUCAGAAAAGCGUUAGAGGAGACGAAGAGCGAGUCUCAGAGAGCAUACGACGCCUCAAUCAUGACCAUGAUGGAGCUUCGAGCGCCGAUUUAUCAACUACAUUCAGGUCACAAGGUAGGCCCAAGUUAUCGAGCAAAAAGAAAUGCAGUCGCUCACGGCGGCUCCAUACUGAUGGACAUUACGAUCUUGCGCCAUCUACUCAGCAGCCGUGGCCGCACUACCGUUUUUACCAAAUGGGCCACCGGGUUUGAAGAUAUCUACGGGAUACCCUUCCGCUAUGUCGAAACUCUUUCUCAAGACUCUAAAAUGGUGUCCGUCCUGAACAUUUACGCCGAUACACUACUUCUCCACAUGUAUGCUUCCUAUGAUGAGAGCGAAACUAUCCAAAAAAUGUGCAAGGUAAUUUUGAGACAAUGGAAAGUUGCCGUGGAUAGCGAACGGGAUCCAGAAUGUAUCUUUGAUGGGGAAGCUCUUUUGACGAUGUAUAAUAAGAUUGUGGAGUUACAUAGUGCAGCCGAGCCAUAG